UCCAAACGAGUGAGAUCGAGUUUCUCUAACGUGUUGUGGCCAGUAAUUGUUUUUGUGCUUGUGUGUGUUUUAGUGUGUGUGUGUCAUUAGAACCGUUCGCUUUGCUGCACUACGUCGAGCUGUGCCAAAAUGAACGAAAAACGAGAUCAGGUCGAUCUGGAGGACCAAGACCUGGCGGAGGAAGAGGAGGCACUUCCCGCUGGUCAAAAGAAAAUGGAGUUACUGCUUGAGUUGAAUCUUAAGCAAAAGUUUGCCACACGUCUGGGCAUAGUUCUGGUGGGAACUCUUAUGUUUGCCCUCUUCUGCUAUGACAGCGCCAUGGCCAGUCUCACUCUGGGAGCGGUAUUGGCUCUACUGAUACGAAGUCCCACCUAUGUGUUUGCCUGGGUAAUGACUGUGAAGCGGGAUCUCAUAGCCCUGCAACGUUUUGUGGCCUUGAAUUUGUAUCUGAUUGUUAUGGAUCGUCGGGGUAAAACCGUUGCCAGAUGCUUUCACGACUUGGCCAAGAAACAUCCCAAAAAGAUAUGCUUAGUAAUGGAUGAUCACAAAUUGACCUACAGUGAGGUUCUUUUGCUGAGUCAAAGGAUAGCCGGAUACUUUCAGAAACGUGGUCUCCAGCGUGGAGAUUGUGUGGCCUUGAUGAUGGAGACACGCGUAGAGUAUCCAUGCAUAUGGCUCGGCCUUUCCCAGUUGGGAGUGAUAACGGCUCUAAUCAAUUCGAACUUGCGGGGUGAAUCUCUGUUGCAUUCCAUAAGAGUGGCUAAUGCAAAAGCCUUGAUAGUGGGCAGUGAAUUGGCAGACAUUCUACAGAAUCUAAUCACUGCCGAGCAACUGCCAAGAGAUUUGCCCAUAUAUCAAUAUGCAGAUGAGCAAUUACGCUCUACGCCGGGCCAUGUACUCCUCGAGAAUGCCAUCGAUUUGAAUGUGGAAUUGUCUAGGCAAACGCCAUUGGAGCUCUCGAAGGUGAUCCUUCCCGAAGAGGCUCGUUCCAAGCUACUAUACGUCUAUACCUCUGGCACUACGGGUCUACCCAAGGCAGCUGUGAUAACCAAUCUGCGAUACCUCUUCAUGACCGCCGGAACUUUCUAUAUGCUGCGUCUGCGUAGCGAUGACAUCAUCUAUAAUCCUCUGCCUCUCUAUCACACAGCUGGAGGCAUUGUCGGUGUGGGCAAUGCUCUGCUCAAUGGCUCCACGGUCGUUUUGCGUAAGAAAUUCUCCGCCUCGAAUUUCUGGCGGGAUUGCUAUCGCAAUCGGUGCACAGUGGCCCAGUACAUAGGUGAGCUGUGUCGCUAUCUUCUGGCCACUCCUUACACCAAAGAUCAGCAGCAACACAAUCUCCGUCUGAUGUAUGGCAAUGGCUUGCGUCCUCAGAUCUGGACGCAGUUCAUCUCCCGCUUUGGCAUACCUCAAAUAGGUGAGAUCUAUGGCGCCACCGAGGGAAAUUCCAACUUGAUUAACAUCACAAAUCGUGUGGGGGCAAUUGGUUUUGUGCCCGUCUUUGGCGGCAAACUGUAUCCAGUUCAGAUUCUCCGCUGUGACGAGCAAACUGGUGAGGUGCUACGCGACUCUCAAGGACGUUGCAUUCGGUGCAAAGUGGGUGAGGCGGGUCUUCUGGUGGGUCAGGUGAAUGCCCGUCGUGCGGUGAGCGCGUUCCACGGUUAUGCCGAUAAGGGAGCCUCAGAACAAAAACUCCUGCGAGAUGUCUUUGGCAAGGGCGAUGUCUAUUUCAACUCUGGCGAUAUGGUGGUCUGUGAUAUUUUGGGUUACUUCUAUUUCAAGGAUCGCACCGGCGAUACCUUUCGCUGGCGAGGAGAAAAUGUGGCAACCCAGGAGGUGGAGGCCAUCAUUACAAAUUGCAUUGGACUCAACGAUUGUGUGGUCUACGGAGUGCAGAUACCCCAUGUGGAGGGUAAGGCUGGCAUGGCUGCCAUUGUGGAUCCCCAGCGUAAGGUGGACAUGGAUUACCUUUCGAUUGUGAUACGAGGAAGCUUGCCACCAUAUGCCCGCCCACUUUUCAUACGCCUACUCGAUGAGAUUCCCCGCACGGCGACAUUCAAACUCAAGAAACGUGAAUUGGCCAUGGAGGGCUAUAAUCUAAGAAAGCUAAAAGAACCCAUUUACUAUCUAAAUCGCGAUGGCAUCUAUAGACAAUUGAGCCAAGAGCAAUAUCAGGCCCUGCAGGCGGGCACAGCUGGACUGUGAGGAGUAACAAAACGAAGGAGCAACAGACGUAGAGAGAGACUUUAGUUUUAGUAUUUUGUAUAACUUUUUCUUCGUUUUAAUUUGUGUAUGUAUUUUAACUUUUUGCCGAAUGUAAUUUUUAGAAACAAACAAACAACCCAAA